ACGGGGGCGGUGCGCACGGAGCCCUCAUAGGAGGCAGCCGAGCGGUGGCUCCGCCUUCCCGACCAUGGACUACGCGGAGCUCGCCGAGACGGCGGCCGAGAAGAUGGGGUUGUACCGGCAGGACCCCAGUGGCUGGCGGGGCUGCCGGCGCACGAGCGAGGUUUCGGUGUCAUGGAGACCCUCCGCGGAGUUUGCUGGCAAUGUGUACAGGGGAGAGGGGAUCCUGCCUGCCAGCCCCAUGGAUGUCUGGGAAUGUAUAAAGCCGGUGGCCGGAGGGCUCAGGACCAAGUGGGACCAAAACGUGAAGGACUUUGAGGUCAUCGAAGCCAUCAGUGAUGCUGUCUCUGUAUGCAGAACCACAACCCCUUCAGCUUUCAUGAGGGUUAUUUCACCAAGAGAAUUUGUGGAUGUGGUACUGAUGAAGCAAUUUGAAGAUGGGACAAUGCUAUCUGCUGCAACUAAUGUGGAACACCCGCUGUGUCCUCCUAGACCAAAUUUUGUGAGAGGUUUGAAUUAUCCCUGUGGCUGUUUCUGUAUACCUCUUCCAGGGGAACCAGACAGGACUCAACUCCUCAGUUUCUUUCAGACUGAUCUUGGUGGCUAUCUUCCCCAAACGGUGGUGGAUUCCUUCUUUCCAGCUAGCAUAGCUGGAUUUUACAGUAACCUGACCAAAGCUAUUAAGCAGUUAAAAGCAUGAUAAGACCAAUUGCUGACCUUACCAGCUGAGGGUAGGGGAAAAACCUGGCAGCUUGAGGGUAGAAAUAGGAAGUUGGCCUACAGGACUUUCUACCAGCAACGAUAUUAGGAAAAAUGAAAGGGGAACAAUUAACUUUAAAACCAGUGUUUUCUAUCUGUCUAUGCAAAGCAAUGUAUUCUUUUCUAAUACUAUAUCCUUCAUUUUCAUAGAGAAAUACCACACCAGAGGCUGGAAGAGUCCUGGAGGCAGCACUGGUGUCUGUCUGCAGGGAGAUAAUGCACAUAUUGGAUCUGUUCUUGACCACACUUUGUCAGUGUCUGUAAGGAGGAGCAUUGCUAAAAUUCAUUUGGCACUACAGCAUUAGCCUGGUGUAGGUCAGCCUGUAGCUCCUGUGGAACAGUGGUCCUUCCCCAAAAGAAGAGGUAGCUCUUUUGCUGCUGACACAUUUAGACCUGCUAAGAUGCUUCAAUGGGUCUAAGCCAGCAAAUGGUAAAAGUCAGAACAAAUUGGACUGUUGGAGGAUCCUACUUGUUUGUUCCAGUAGACUUCAGUACUAAUAGUAAAUAUGCCUUAAGUGUUUGUUUGGUUUUGUUUUUUUUUAAUAAAUCAAAGUCUAGCCAUGCAAAUGAAUUUGGAGGUCAGUGGGUUGGUAAGUAGACCCUAUUCCCCUCUGUACCAAAACCAGUGAUUUCCAUAAUGUUAUGAAACAAACUGCACUGACAUAGUGGCAGUAAAUAGAGGAUUAAGCACUUUACUUGCCAUUUUUUAAACUGCACUUGACUAUUUUUAACUGCACUUGAACAUUUUUUGUUCACUUGUGGUGAGAGGUUGUAACGGGUAAAUAAUCUUGUCUAUAGCUUUGUCUUGACAGGCCAUGAGGAUGUUGCUUUUUUUCUAAGACUGGUUUGCCUGACAACAGUCUUGGGAAAUCAGCUCCUGAUCUUGUGUCCAGUGAUGGGCCUAGCUUUUGAAAAUACGGUGCUGGUUAUGGCAGGAAUGUCAGACAUUACUGUGUAUUGCAUAUAAUCACAAAAGGAAAAAUAAUUGCCAAAUUAGGAAUUUAAAUAUAGAUUGUGAUUUUAAUGUGUAACUCAAUAGUUAACAAGAUUAAUGUGCUCUGCUUUCUGUCCUAGUAUUUACUUUAUAUUUAGUAUAGGACAUGGACUUGCACAGUCUCCCACUGAAUCUCACUCUGUGGAAUCGAUUUUAAAAUGAAACAGUUUUCAGUCUCCUUUGUAUACAAAGAUGUAAAAACUUGUAUGCAUGUGAUGAAAUAAAUAUUUUUUGCUAAA